AGUUGCGCAAAUACGGCAGCAGCCGACCAGAGUCCGCUAGUUUAUUUUCUACAAAAUUGUUUACUGUUUUAGUUUACCUAGCUUGUCAUAUAUGUGCUCAACAUUUCAAAGACUAUAUUUGAAUAAUAAGUUUGUCUCGAACGGAAGUAGUUGUCCGUAUGGUCUAAUUCAGAGUUGUUUACGAACAUGGAUGACAGUAAACAGACUUCCUCUCCCGAAAGAUCUGUAGACCCCCCUCUUUUGUCAGAGGAUGGCAAAAAUAUGAAAUCAGUUUUGUGCCAACGAUGUGGUUCCAAGGUGCUCUGCCCAGGCAUGGCAGUGUUUGCAGAAAAGGAGCUGUUUCUGCCUUCAAUGAGAAAGAAAACCUCCAUUGGCCAGUCAGAUGGGACCUUGGAAGGGGACACAUUAACAGCUCACUGGCUGGUUGACGACAUGUACACAUUUGAGAAUGUGGGCUUCACCAAAGAUGUUGGCAAAGUGAAGUACCUUAUUUGUGCUGAUUGUGAGAUUGGACCUAUUGGCUGGCAUUGUGUGGAUGACAAGAAGAGCUUCUAUGUGGCAUUGGACAGGGUAAAUCAUGAAUAGAGCACAUGUCUGAAUUACUGUCUGGAAAAUGAUAUGGUAUUUGACAGUGCAACUUAAUGUCUUAUUGGAGAAACCUCUAUAGGUCCAGUUUUUGCACUUCUUACAAAGUGCAGAUAAAUGUAGUGUUUCUAGAUAAAAAACAUUUAUUGUGAAACAUUUCAUACUUGGCCAAUUUGCACACUGACAUGUGCACAACUGCUCCUGUCUAUCACCAAGUCUCUUUUGAAAAUAACAUAGAUGCAGACAAUGCUUCUAAACAUUCCUUAAAGGAAUAGUGCACCCAUCAUUUUAAUUAUCUCAUUAUUUACUCGCCCUCAUGCCAUCCCAAAUGUGUCUGAAUUUUAAGAUUUUUAAUAAAAUAUCUCUAAUCUGUAGGUCCACGCAGUACAAGUGAUUGGUGACCAAAACUUUUAAGCUCAAAAAAACACAAAGGCAGCUUGAGACUCCAGUGGUUUAAUCCCUGUUUUCUUCAUCUGUUUUAGGUGAACAGACCAAAAUGUAACUCCUUUUUCAAUGUACGCCUUGCCAUUGCAGUCUCUAGUCACUAUCAAGCUUGAUUACUCUUUCUAGUGCUUGGCGCAUGUGCAGAGUGUUAGAUGCCACUAGGAAGUUUAAUCGAGAUUGAUAUCGAGUUAUUCAUGGUCAAUGACUGCUGAUGUCAAUAUUUAUUGUGGAAAAGGAGCUAAAUUUCGCUCUGUUCUCACCCCCAAUCCGAUUGAGUCGCUUCAGAAUACAUGGAUUUAACCACUGGAGUCUUAUGGAUUACUUUUAUGCUCCCUUUAUGUGUUUUUGGAGCUUCAAAUUUUGCUCACCAUUCAUUUCCAUUGUGUGGAGCUACAGAGCUGAAAUAUUCUUCUAAAAAAAAAAAAAAAAAACUUUAUUUGUGUCCUGCAGAAGAUAGAAAGUCAUAAACAUCUGGGAUGGAAGGAGGGGGAGUAAAUGAUGAGAGAAUUUUCAUUUUUGGAUGAUCUAUCCUUUUAACACAAGGCCCUUGCCAAUCCAUCUCAUCUCUCCUUGAGUUUUCAUAAAACACAAAGCCAGUUCUUUGAAUGAAGAGACUGGGGAAAAGGACAAUGCUGGUCAAGUAACAAAAAGGUGAUGUGAUAAAAUAAAAUACAAUCCUA